AUGAGAGCAUUUUUCAGAGCGGACUCAAUAGUGAGGCUUCAAAGUAUGAUUCGCCUAGGGCUUAUCUGGGGUCGUUGCAACAUCCUUCCCUGCCAAUGCAUUGAUUCAGUGAGAAGGUGGCUUGGAAACCACUUCUACUUUUCCACGGCUACUACACUGAUCCGAGGUCUGGUAUUCAGCCACAGCUACGUAAACAAUGCGUUAGUGUCUAUCUUAAUGACGUACCUCACUGAGAAUUGGCGUACUAGCAAUUUUGCAAUGGCUGCUCUAGUUACAAAUGUCCAAGAAGGCGUAUCAGACAUCAUGGUGAUUCUUCUUGCUCGUAUAUCAGAGACGCACAUGACUCGUUUUAAAAUGAUUGUCUCCACAAAUGCUGCUUAUUUUGCAGGGUUGCUUCUAUUGUGGAUUUGUUCUAAGUUUGUGAGCGCACAAACUGAGGCUAAGGUAUACUAUGGAGCAGCGGUACUGAUAGGAAUAGGAGAAGCUGGUCAAUCGGCUACCUUGAAGGAAUUUCUUGACGAUCAAUAUUUCAGUGAACAGAAAGAAAGACCGUCCACAGAUGAAAAUUAUUUAAAACGACUGGAAACUCGUAAAGAAGCUUUGUGGCGCCAUCCCUGGUUUUUAGGUGCAUUGCUAGCUGUUUUCCUUCCAACUCCGUCCUGGACAAGUACGUUCAUGGUUUCAACAAUUUUAUUGGGAGUCUCUUAUUUGCUGUUCUUGCUUGGCUACUCCUGUUACUUCUUAAGUAGUAGAAUUCACAAAUCUACUUGGAAAUCUCGUCUGUACUAUCUUAAAAAAUUAUCCCUUGUCUAUCCAGUACAAGAACAAGAACAAGAACAAAAAGGAGGAGAGAUUUGCAUAGUCACAAGAAGAGUGACCUUGUCCUCCUCGUGUCCACCAAAAGAAGCACAAAGAAAAAAGUUUUGGCCACUCAUAGAACUGAAGGGGGGAAAGGGGUUUUUGAUAGAAGUGAUAGCUAUGUGGUCGGCCUUCUUCGCAUACAGUUUGGUGGAGGCAACAGGGAGCACCUUAUUUUUUGAACAAAUGAGUAGUUUGGAUACAGAUAGUGGCAUUGGGUCAGUGAUGGACGUGGCAGUAUUUUUAACACUAGUUAGCGGCUUCUCAAGUUUCUUAGUCUCAUUUAUCUACAACUUAGUGAUUCCAAAGCACUGGAGAAAGGCUACACUGGUAAGAAUUGGCUGCGGAUUGGCAUGUUCUGUGCUAUGUUGUGUUGCAGCUUGGCAGGUUGAGGGAAAGAGGUUGAAGUUAGUUAGCCGUAAGAGACGCGAACAUGGCACGUCUAAGACGAUUCCUAUGAGCGUUGCGUGGUUAGUUCCACAGUUCCUCCUGUUGGGACUGAUGGAAGGGCUAGCCCUAAAUGGAUUGACUGAGUUCCUUGCUGAUCGAAUUGCUAAUAAUGAUAGGCUAAGGGCGAGGUACUAUUAUGCAUCCCACAUCUCUGAGCUCAUCCUUGGUGUUGGAAAAUUAGUUACAGCUUCUAGCAUUUUAGUGUUCAGGCGAAGUUGGUUCCAUCCCAACAUAAAUGGGAGUCGCCUGGAUCGUUUUCUCGAGCUAUUAACUUACCUAAGUCUUGCUAACCUAAUUUAUUACAUGUUUAUCUCCGUAUUCUUUUAUCGCAACGAGAAAUCACGAAAAUCUGCUAACAAAGGAAACAAACAAAGUAGUCUGUUGGAACAAGUAGAGCAGGGGAUUCAUGCUGCUGAGAAGGAGGGUGACGUUGUGGAGGCCCCAGUCCCCGUAUGUGGUGCGGACUUGGAAAACGAACAAACCGCAGAGGAACAAGUAGAGCAGGAGAUCGAUGAUGAUGAUGAGGUGUGGACUUCUGAAACAACCAAAGAGAUCAAGAAGUGGAGUUACAAAAACAGUCAUUGUUGCUGUUGGAGAGCAUAG